CCUGCACUCACCCAUCGCUAACGUUAACGAGCACCGUUGCGUCCAGAGCCGACAAGGCUAUCACAGGCCAUGAAUGCUCUCUCGAUCUUACGCACCGCAAGGCGAGCGCGUCUGUCACCUCGACGCACAACCCUGGUCGCGUCCGCUUCGCAAAAAACCUACUCUCCACGACAGCCAUGUGUCACAAUACGAUCUAUGUCCUCCGCUGUGACGGAGGACCAUCCCAAGGACGACAAGAUUCCCCACCGCACCGUCCGUAUCGUCGCGCAAGACGGCGUUGGCCCACCCACCUCACUCUCCACUAUCCUCGCUGCCAUUGACCGCAAAAACUUCUUCGUCGAGCUCGUGAGCCACCAUAAGGAGACCGGCGCACUCGUCAAGAUCAUUGACAAGCGCGAACGGGCGCGGUGGCUGAAGGAGCAGAAGCAACGCGCGAAGGCAGCGAAGAAGCCCGCGCCGAAGGAGAUGCAGCUGACCUGGGCCACCGACGGACACGAUCUGGAGCACAAGCUGUCGAAAGUGCGCAAGGAUCUCUCUCGUGGCGCGCGCGUCGACAUCGCGCUCGCGCAGAAGUCCGGGCAGAAGGAGCUCACCGCAAAGGAGAAGCAGCAGAAGUUGCAGGGAAUCGUAGACAGUCUGCAGGACGUCUCGACGGAGUGGAAGCCGCGGGAGGUUCGGAAGCACGUAGCUACAAUCUAUCUGGAGAGUACGGUCUCGCCAAACGAUGGUAAUUCUUAAAACCAUCCGUCGUGCGUUUUCAGUCAUUCACUCGAGUCCUUCGC